ACCGCUCCAGAUAUGGAGUUUGAGAGUGAGGUCAUGAAUGCCUACAUGCAGCUACUGGUGCGAGACUUUAAUGCGAAGUCAACCGACAGGGCUAUGGCAAUAGACACAUUUGAGAUGUCCAACAUAUGGAAAAGGAAACAACCAAAAGUGAAGCUGGAUCCACACAUGUACAAGUACAUCCUUGGGAUCAUCAAUGAGAACCACCACUGGAAACUCACUGUCAUGAUCCCAUCACAAAAAAAGGCUCUCUUACUCGAUCCUCUUGGGGAAUCCAGUACCGACAUAAAUAGGUGCAAAGAUGUAACAAGAGCCUUCAUGAGACUUAGGGGGAUCAAUGUGUCCAGAUGGGGAUGCGACACAGUCCCACACCCUAGUCAGACUGACAGUACCUCCUGCGGGCCCUUUGUAUUGAAAUUUGCUGAAUGUAUCCUUAAAGGUGAAAACUGCAAAUUCAAUACAUCAAGAAAAGGUGUAGGGGAAAUGCGAAGGGCAAUCGCAACUGCUCUCCUUGAGAAUACUGAUGACCUGACUGAGGUAUGCCACCAAUGUGGACAGACAGACAAUCCAGAAACAGACGAGGACGUACAAUGGAUUUCCUGUGAACGGUGCCAACGCUGGUAUCAUCAGAGCUGUGCAAAACAUAUGAUGGAAUCGCCACACCUCUGUCUAGCCUGUAACACAGACAGGACAGCCAGGAGAGAGAGGGCACUGGCACGCUAGGUGGGAGUGGUGGGCGUGACAUACUGUACAUCAGUGUACCAGGUAGCUUUUGUUGAUUUUCUAUAUAUUGUACUUAUUUUGUAUUUAUUGUAGUUGGUUUGGCUUUUUGUUUUUUCUUUUUACAUAUGUUGUUCUAAGAAAUUGUUUAUAUUUGUUUUAAUUGUGUUAAUAAAUGUUUUGUUCUGAAUGUUUGAAUUGUGUUAAUAAAUGUUUUGUUCUCAAUGUCAGUGUAAAGUCUACUUCCAGCUAA